AUGAGGUUGGGCAUGGACUCAGUCAUUCAACAAGACGGACGGGCUGCACCAGCCUCUGCCCAAGCAAGCUUCGGGUCCCCAAGCCGUGGUCAGCUCAUCUCGCGCGCAGGGCACGGGCAUCCCCACUCCCCCAGGCACAGCCUCAGCCGCCCUCCUCUGCAGGCACCGAGUCCAGGCGGCCGGGUACGCAUUGCCGUCGGGGCGCGACCGCCUCUGUCGCCGCGGCAAACACCAUUGCCUGCGCGUCCCAAGGCUGUUCCACUUACGGUUCCAGCCACCGCUCCGAGGUGCCCGGCCUCGGCUCCGAGGUGCCCGGCCCCGGCCCCCAGGCCUCCCGGCCCGUCCAGCCCCGCGCCCAUUCGGGCCGCCGCGGCCCGGCCCGGCCCGCGCACCCCGGAAGUGGGCGUCGGAUCCCGAGGAGCCAGGCCCGCGUCCCGCUGCCGUCCAAGAGCGGCCUCCAGGGUCACCUACUCGGGGCUGCACCGCUCCGCGCCCCCGCGGGUCCGCUCCGGACUUACCUGCCCCGCCAGCGUCUGGAAUGGAAUCCAGAGCUCUGUGUGUUCUGGGUAUGUCCUCGACCUGCCGGGUCUCUCCCAUCCCAUCCAGCCUACGGCCCAAGGUACAAGAACAGCAAUGCUGCCCAUCCAGGCAUGCCACGCAGAAGCUGUAAAGUCAAAAGCGCUCCCCAGCUCACCACCGCCACUGGAAGCCUGCAGCCGUGUAAGUGAGGAGGACGCACGGAGUGAAGCGAGUGGAGCCUGGUCUCUGCGCCCUGUCACGAUAGAGUCUGAAUCAGCAUCAGACGUCAAGAGAAGCUGGCUCAGCCAGCCUCAGAGGAGGCCUCAAAUGCCAGACCUAAAAGCAGAUGGCAGGGGUAGUAGAGCUGUGGGCUGGCACCAUCAUCAGCUGCCUGUCAGGCAUUUCAGGCAGAUGGCAAGGCAUAGAACGCAGAAGCCUAUCCAAUGUCACUGGCCAAAGUGUCGCAGUUGGCGUCUUACUGAUGCUGGGUCCUCACAGGGUACAUGUAAGAAAAGAGAAGUCGUUAGGGGACACACAGAGCUUUGAGGGGGUGACUUGGCUGAGCUGAAUCCCAGCAGCAGUGAUGGGUGAGGAGGACAGAGUGAAAUUUGGGAACCCAGGGCAACAGAAGGGGUUACAAGGCCUCACAUUAUUUGUCUUGUCCAGGC